AUGGUCCGACACAAGAAGAACGACGAAGAGUAUGUUGAAGAGAAGAGAUCAAGUGCGAUCGGUGACAUCCACAGGAAGGUGGGAGUUUCUUCCUUCAUCAUUGCGAGCUUCCUUGAACUCAUCCAUAAGCUCCUUGUUGAUAUUGAGAAGAUACGUAGAGCAGAAUAUAAGACGAAGAUGAAGACACAUCUCAAACGUCAUGCUCUUAUGCAACUCAUAAAUCUUCAGGGGACAGCCCUUCCACUGUUCAUAGGCGGCGUUGACGGCUUCCCACCUCCGUUUGUGGGAGCCAUAACCAUUCCUGACACAAUGCCUCUGAAAUCGGGUGAUUCUGUAGCUGCCUACGUCGAUGAGAACUGGAUCCUUGCAGAGGUUGUUGCCGUCAGUCCUACGGGUCGCUAUGAUGUAAAGGACGUCGACGACGAACAAAAGGUUCGAUUAACAAUUGCACGACGUCGCCUUAUACCUUUGCCGAAGUGGAGAGCUGAUCCAGAACGAGACGCUCAUGCCUUGUUUCCCGUAGAAGCAUUUGUGCUGGCUCUGUAUCCCCAGACAACGUGCUUUUAUAAGGGCGUUGUGCAGAGGGUACCGCAACUUGCAACCGAUGACUACUUGGUUGCAUUCGAAGAUCCUUCUUAUAACACUGGAUACUCACCUUCCUUACCUAUACCGCAACGUUACGUUGUUCCUUAUAAAGAGAUUAAAGGUAAGAAUAAGGGAUAA